AUGGGUUCUUCGUUAAGUAUUCCAACUCCUACAAAUAAUGAAGUUAACAAUUCAAAUAAUCCUAAUGCCAAUGAAAAUCAGAGAGUACCUUUUUUUCAAAAGUUAAUAUCAAUUAUCGUUCAAAUGCUAAUUAUGCAUUUAGUUAUGUAUUUUAUAUCAGGAGGAAAGAAUAAAAUAAUGCAAAGAGGUGGAACAAUAGAAGGGAAUAAUUUAUUUUUAAAAAAUAGUUUUGAACAUGGUGAUAUAUUUGACGUAUUUAUAUUUUUAAGUAAUAAUCAUUCUAUAGAUUUUGAAUAUUUAAAAAGAAAUAGUACAUUAAUUCAUGUAAAAGAAAAAGAAUUAUAUAUAUAUAAAAAAUUUAGUAAAUAUGAAAAUAUUGAUUAUAGUUUUUAUUUAAAUGAUUCAUGGAAUGGUGAAAAAUAUAUAAGUGUUGCUGUAAUACCUAUAUACUUUUAUGAAAAACGUAAUUAUCCUUUAAGUGAUAGCAUUAUAAAAGAUGAAUUUAAAGAUCAAGUUUUAGUGGAUAAUAUACCUUUAACUAUAAAGAUGUUUCCAUUUGAGUCAGAAGAAGAUGAAAAAUAUAAUUUGAUAACAAGAGAUUACAAGAAAUCUGAAGAAAAAAUUAAAAAAGAGUUAUAUCAUAUAAAAAAAAGAAUAGAUAUUAAUAUUAUAUAUGAUCAAGGAAAACAUCGAAUUAAUGACUUUAAUAUGCCACAUUUGAAAAACUGGAAAAUUAACUUAAAUACAAAAACAUAUACACCUCCAAUUUAUUUAUCAGAUUUUUGGUUAAUAGAAUCUGACUACUAUGUAUUGGAUGAUCAGUUAUUAAAAGAUAAAGAUAAAAGGACAAAUUAUGUUUGUGAAUAUGAUCCAUAUAUUUUAAAAAAUGAUGAUUAUAAUUUUAUAAUAGAGAGAAAUGAAGAUGAGAAUAAAAAACUAAAUAUUGUAAUAAAUUAUAGUACAUGUAGUUUUAUGUAUUUUAUGUUUACAAAACAAAUGAGUAGUUCUUUAUCAAAAAUGGAACAAAAUAAUGGUUUUUCAAUUCAGAAUAUAACAAACACAACAGCAACAAAAGAAAUUAAUAUGAUGAAAAAAAUUUUUAUGACUACUAAUAUUUAUAUGUUAAUUUUUUCAUUUCUCUUUAUAUUACUACAUUCUAUUUUCUCAUUUUUCGCCUUCAAAAAUGAUAUGCAAUUUUGGUAUCAAAACGAAUCUAUGGAAGGGUUGUCAGCACUUAGUGUAAUAACCACUUUUGUGUGUGACAUUAUAUUAGCUUUAUAUUUAUAUGAUUCAGAAAAUACUUCUUGGUUAUUAUUAUUUGAAAUGUUUAUAGGUGUUGCAUUAUCUGCCUGGAAAGUAACAAAAGCAGUUCAUAUUUCUUUUAGUAAAAAAUAUCCAUAUAUAAUUAUAAAAGAUAAAAAAAAUUAUACUGAAUCUAUGACUAAAAAAUAUGAUAAAAUAGCUAUAAAAUAUGUGGGAAUUGUUUUAAUACCUUGUUUUAUUGGUUAUGCUAUUUACUCUCUUUUUCAUUAUAAAUAUAAGUCAUGGUAUUCUUAUAUUAUUUCAGUAUUAGCUGGAACUGUUUACACAUUUGGUUUUGUUAUGAUGACACCUCAACUUUAUAUUAAUUAUAAACUGAAAUCAGUUGAACACUUACCAUGGAAAGCACUAAUAUAUAAAUCACUAAAUACUUUUAUAGAUGAUGUUGCUUUUUUUUUGAUUGAUAUGCCAUGGAUGCAUAAAUUAUCAUGCUUCCGUGAUGACAUUAUAUUUCUUUGUUAUAUUUAUCAAAGAUGUAUUUAUAAAGUAGAUAAAAAUAGAAAUCAAACACUCUCUCAAAAACAGGAACAAGAGAAAAAUGAAAUUGCAGAUGAAAAUACUAAAAUAAAAGAAUCGGGUCAUCUUCAAAAUUAUAAUAAAUGUGAUAAAAAAAAAGAUUAA